AUGAGGAUACAAGAUACCACCACCUCUGAUUGCCCCGAUUUCGUCAACAAUUUCUGGGGCUCUUCUCCAGAGACGAGUUUUGCUAUAAUCACGACUAGAAUAAAAGACGCUUUAUCAACCCUCAAUGAGCUCAUACAAUUUUACCAUGAGAAAGUGAACAUCGAAAAAGAUCACAUAAGGAGGUUGGAAAGACUAUCUUCCAAGUUUCCUCUUGGUACCCAUGAAACUGGUUCAAUGAAGAAAUCGCUUGACAAGUUGCAUAUUGAAAAUCAAUUUAUGAUUGACUGCAACACAAAAUUCACAAAGUCUAUACUGGAAUUAAACCUGGAGAAAUUAGAGCAGUUUUACAGCUUGUAUGUAAAGAAAGUCGACAAGUUGAAACACCACAUGAACAAAGUAAUACUAAGGCGAGCUGCAGCAUUGAAAGAUCUAAAUCAUUACAAAGACAAGUAUCAAGAAGAGUGCAGAUCAAUCAAGUCUCUAAAGUUGUCAGUACAAACCACAUGGGGCAAGGAGUUAGAAAAGAAUGAAAGCAAGUACCACAAGUUAGCAUCUUCAUUAAAUCAAACGGCUAAGCAUUACCAGUACUCCAUAUCGGUAUACAAAGAUAUCAACGAGAUAUAUAAAAGAGAUUGGACUAUAUCGAUAAAUGAUUUUUAUAAAUUAGAGAUUGAAAGAAUUCAGGUGAUGAAGAUCAAUUGUUUCACCUAUUGCAAUAAUAUAGCCACAUUAUGUGUUGACUUAGAUCAAUCGGUGGAUUUAGCCAGGUCUACUUUUGCUUUGGUACAGCCACAAUUGGAUGUGCAGGACUUUAGCAACAACUAUGGAACAGGAAAUAAAGUGUAUGAUGACCCGCCUUUUGUUGACUAUAUGACUGGAUGUGACGAACCCAACAUUGGCUAUAAGAUACUGGACCAGCAUAACCCAGACCAUGAUGAAAUACUAUCUCGAACAUAUUCCAUUUAUUCCUCAGCAUCAAACAAGACUGGGGGAACUGUACAGUCAUCGAUUCAUACUGAUCAAUACCAUAGCCAGGAAUCUAAAACACCACAGCUUUCCUCACCCAAUAAGGAACCUUCAACGCACAACCACUAUGACAUGGCCCCAACUCCCAAAACCAAGCUAUUUCAUAAUACACCAACAUCAAAAGAUCUCCCACCUGUGGCUAAUUGUCGCCAAGACAUGACACAAACCCCAAGGGCCAAGUUGUUCACCAAUACCCCUGCCAAGGAUCUCCCACCAAUAUCCAAUGGCCAUCAUGCAAUGACGCCAACACCAAAUGCCAACUUGCUCAACGGGUCACCACACAAGACACUAGCCCCACUUACAACAAAAACAAGCAUACCAUCUUCAUCGCAUUUAUCACCAUAUAAACAACAACAACAACAUCAAACACCUCUGAGGAAACCACCAGUGGACUUAGCAUCAUACAAAACGCACUCAUCAGUAAGCUCUAAUCCGGAGAAUGACUUGUUCUCCACAAAGGAUGAACGCUUAACUAAUAGUCAAGGAUCAUCAAACUACAGUUCUGAACGUAAUUGGGCAUCACCAAGGCGAAGAGAGAAACAGUUGCAAGAAAUGCAAGAACAGAUAACACGAAGAGCCACUAAUGAGUUUAAAAAACAUUGCAAUCCCGCACAAGUGGAGGAAACAUCAAAACCACAAGCUAAAGUACCAGUAAUGAAGGAUUUCUCUAUUGAUUUUAUUGCCAAGGCAUUGGAAGAUUUGAAUUCGGGUGGGGAUGGAGAUGUCAACCAAUUUAGAAGAUCAGUUCGAGAUAGUAAUGCAUCGAGUCCAGCUAAACCAAGGCCGAAAUCAGAUUAUAUUGAUGAUCACGAUGAAGUGGCUCAACGAUACGAUUCGAUAAAUUUUUCACGACCAAAAUCAAUGAUUGAUGUAGCUGAGAAGCCAAAGAAUCGGAGUAAUAACCCACCAUCUAUGACAACUUAUGAUCAGUACCACUAUCAUAAAUUGCCCAAAUCUCCUAAAUCUCCUAAACCACAUACUCCAUUCAUGUUACAACCAAAAUUGACCCCAGUUAACCGCAAAACAUUCAUCAGCAAAGCAACAGCGAGGUACUCUUUCAAGCCACAAGAGGAGGGUGAGUUGUAUUUCCGGAAGGGGUGGCAAAUGUAUAUUAUACACAAGCAGGAAGAUAAUUGGUUUGUUUGUGAAUUGGGUCCAAACUGUGAUGAUUACAAUGGAAUGAUUGGAUUGGUGCCCGGUAACUACAUUAUUGAGCAUUGA